AUGGAGAUAAAGACGUCCAUCGUAAUCAACUCGUCCCCCGGGAGGGUGCGCUCGAUCUUCCUCGACUUUGCCAAGUAUCCAGAGUGGGCAAGCUUUCUGACUUCCGUCGAGCCAGUCGGUGCUCUCGAGCCAGGUCAAUGCAUUCAGGCGAGCAUUCAUCCUCCAGACGGCUCUCCGAUGGCUAUCAAGCCAUAUAUCAAGCUCAAUGACAACCAGAUCUUCAGUUGGGUAGGGUCAAUCCCGCUCCUAUUCACCGGUGAACAUUCUUUCGAAUUUCAAGACCACGAUGGAGCCACCCUUCUCGUUCAAAGCGAGACCUUCACUGGCUUGCUAGUGACGCCGUUGAUGAGCUGGUACGGUCAUGGUAGCAAGACGGAAGCAGGUUUCGUGGCAUUCAAUGAAUCGCUCAAGAAGCGCGUGGAGAGCGAGCAGUAG